UUACUGUAGUUUACCACCGUUAACUGGAGUACCAUUAACUAGUUAGACCACGAGCUCACGCGGGAGCGAUAAUGCAGUCUGUGCGAAAACGUCGAGACAACGAUUCGACAUCUCAAAGGAGCUCUUGUCACGUUGACAGCACUUCUGGUGGUGUAAAGGAAAAUGUGCCCCAGCAGAAGAGGCCGCAUUUCCACUGUGACCUGUGGUUCUGUCUGACUCUGCAGAACUGGAUACUGGACUUUGGAAGACCUAUUGUCAUGAUAACUCUUCCUCUGGAGUGGUUUCCCCUGAACAAGCCCAGUGCAGGAGACUAUUUCCACAUGGCCUACAACGUCAUAACACCAUUCAUCCUGCUCAAGCUGAUUGAGCGCAGUCCCAGGGCGCUGCCUCGCUCGGCGGUCUACCUGUGCAUCAUCACGCUUGUGAUGGGAGCCAGCAUCCACCUGGUGGGAGACUCCAUCAACCAUCGGCUCAUCCUGAGUGGCUACCAGCUCCACCUGUCAGUCAGAGAGAACCCCAUCAUCAAAGACCUCAAACCUGUCUCACUGAUCGACUCCUUUGAGCUGCUGUAUUAUUACGACGAACACCUGGGACACCUGAUGUGGUAUAUUCCGUUCUUCGUGAUUCUGUUCCUCUACUUCACCGGCUGCUUCACCAAAGCCAAGGAGGAGAAGAGGCUGCCCGUCUCUGGCUGCCUGUUGCUGGGACCCAGCGCUCUCUACUAUUGGUACCUGGUCACUGAAGGACAAAUCACUGAACUCUUCCUCCUCACCUUCCUUGCCAUGGUUGUCGUGGUGAUGCAUCAACACCGUAAAGGCCUCAGUCCAGACAGCAACGGCCGUUUCCUGUUCUUCAGUUUCUUUGUCGCCGUGCUCCUGGUCGCACUGUGGGUGGCUUAUCUGUGGAGCGAUCCGGUGUUGCGCAACAAGUACCCCGGACUCAUUUAUGUGCCAGAGCCUUGGUCCUACUACACUUUACACAUCAAGCAGAACCACUGAGUUACAUACCAGUCCAGCGGACUUCCCGUGACGGAGGUCGGGACUGCACUCGGACGACGGUGACGAUCGUUGAAGGUUCUGCUGGCUUCCGGCGGGGAUUUGACUCCUCGGUUUCGUUCUAUAUCGUGAGGGAGGCUUCAAGAAGUCGGAGUUGUGAUGUUCGGGCAAAUCUGUAAAAACUGUUUGGACCUCGUGACAUCUGAGACAAAGAGAGAUCCAUUUAAGCAGAUGCUCCAUAUGUCAUGUCAAAAGAUACUUAAAUGGGGAAAUAUAUACUCACAAUUGGGGGGGAAAAAUCAAGCAGCCAAUUUAGCGCCCUUUUAUGCAUAUUACAAAACAUAUUACGUUAAUUCAUAAAAUUACCACAAAUUAAUCUUUACUGAGCCGUUGGGCUUCAGGCCCCUGAGGUUUUGGUAUUCAGUUUUGUAAAAAAAAUAGAUAAGCAUCAAUUUUACAAAACCCAGUACAGACUCGAGGUGAAUAUAUCUCUGGUACAUUAAAGUGUUAAACCUUAAACUCAAAGGACUCGAUCAGUUGAUGAUUGAGUUCUGUGAAACAUCAAGGUUGUUCAUCAGAUGUAAUGCCACUUACGUCUGGGUUUUUAAGAAAGAAAAGAAGAGAAAUUAAUUUAAGUUACGCAGCUUUUGUAAAGCGAGAGUCACAAACUGAUAAACAGAUCGGCUUUCAAUUUGGAAAAAGAUAAAAAAUAACAAGAUGAAAGAUAGUGUUUAAAAAAGUCUGUUGGUGAGUCAGAAAGACUUGGGUAUCAAAACAGAAUGUACUAGAAAACAUAAGCAAAAACUUAAAAAUAAUAAUAAAUUGUCUCAGGUAUUUAAAAUGUCACGCUUUUACAGAUUUAGUGAUAUUUAUAUUGUCAAUAAUUUAGACAUGAGAGCUCUGAACUAAUACAUUUACCUUUUGUGGCCAUAGUGCUAUAUUUAGUGACAACAUAUUGUUCUUUUAUUUUGUCAAAAAUCUCCGUAAGUUAUGUACAAUGUUAGUUCACAAGGAAAAGAAGAUGCUUUUAUUAUUGAAAAGGCCAAGGAAAGAAGCAAUUAGAUAAGUUGUUACUUUGCUGAUUUUAGUUUAUUUUACAAGUUAUUGUUCUCAAAGUAAAAUUGUAAUUGCUGUGUUUUUUGUACAGUAUUGUUCCUUUGCUUAAGAUUACUUUGUUGCUGGUAAAAUACUGUUUAGUUACUGGUUCCUCAUUGGUUAAAUGUAUUAAAAUGUUAAAAUUGACAUAA